AUGAAGGCCCUCGUCCACAUCCUCGUCUUCUUCUUCGCGGCCCUCGCGGCUUGCACGUCGUCCACCACCGGCAACAUCACGGCUCUCCUCGACAGCCUCCCCAAGUGCUCCAUCAACUGCAUCGUCGACGGCGUUGCCCAAGACGGCUGCACGCUGACAGAUCUCUCCUGCGGAUGCUCCAAGAUCAAUGAGCUCACGAAAAUCGUGUCGCCGUGCCUCGCCAAGGCAAACUGCUCGCUCGAAGACAUGACUCAAGCAGCGUCGACCGUCGUCCAGUUCUGCGAAUCUGCCGGGUUUCUCGUCAACAACACGUCGAAUGAUCCGGCUUCCACCACAGGCGCAGCGCCGGCAGCAACCACCACGUCAGGCGCCGGCCGAUUUUCGGACGAAAUCGGGUUGGCGUACGCUGCCAUUGGCGUCUUGUUGACGAUGAUGGUCUUGUAA